AUGAAAGAUGAUGAAUUGUUUCAUGUGAUUCACAAAGUUCCUUGUGGAGAUACUCCCUAUGUCAAAGCCAAACAUGCCCAGUUGAUAGAGAAGAACCCGGAAAUGGCAAUAGUAUGGUUUUGGAAAGCCAUUAACACCGGAGACAGAGUAGACAGUGCUCUCAAGGACAUGGCUGUUGUAAUGAAACAGCUUGACCGUUCCGAAGAAGCUAUUGAAGCUAUCAAAUCCUUCCGUCCUCGAUGUUCCAAGAACUCCCAAGAUUCCCUCGAUAAUGUCCUUAUCGACUUAUACAAGAAAUGUGGGAGAAUGGAGGAGCAAGUUGAGUUGUUGAAGAGGAAACUAAGACAGAUCUAUCAAGGAGAGGCUUUCAACGGUAAACCUACCAAGACCGCUCGCUCCCACGGCAAAAAGUUUCAAGUGACCGUUCAACAAGAAAUCUCGAGAUUACUGGGGAACUUGGGGUGGGCAUAUAUGCAACAAGCCAAGUACUUGUCCGCAGAAGCAGUGUACAGAAAAGCCCAAAUGGUGGAGCCGGAUGCCAACAAGUCGUGCAACCUCGCGAUGUGCCUUAUCAAACAAGGCAGGUUUGAGGAGGGAAGAGUGGUUCUUGACGAUGUUCUUGAGUCUAGGGUCUUGGGUGCAGAUGAUUGUAGAACAAGGCAACGAGCCGAUGAGCUUCUGAGUGAGUUAGAGGCUUCACUGCCGCGUAGGCGAGAUGCUGAGAUGGAGGAUGUCUUGGGAAAUAUAUUAGACGAUGACUUUGUUCUUGGGCUUGAACAGAUUACGGUCACUAGUUUUAAAUCUAAGAGACUGCCAAUCUUCGAGCAGAUCUCUUCUUUUAGAAAUCAAUUAGUUUGUUAA